UUGGCUGUUGCUAGGUGACGUCGCCUGCGCUCACGUGACAAGUGUUAAAUGCCCACCCUGCAGGAGCCCGCCUGGCAGACAAUCGUAAAGCUGCUCGGGGCCGCUCACCUGCUCCCACCUCCAGGAGUCCCGACCCGGCCCCGUCACCUCUGCCCCCUCCACUGCCCGCCCCCCGCCUGAGCCCGCUCUGGGCAAGGAGCCGAGAGGGCCGAGAGGCCGAGAGAGGAUGAGGCCAGCGGCAGCUGUCCCAAGCAGCGCACGGUGAUCGCCUCCCCCGGAGGAGGAGGCGCCUAGACCGUUGCCUCAUUUCUUGUUUUCCUCCCCCCCUCCCCGUAAUUACAUUGGCUGCUGGAAGGGACCUGGAGAGACAGAGGAGGCGCCUUGCGUCCCCCUCACGCCCGCCACCCGUGCUUUCCUGUCCCGGGCCAGGAUGACUGGAGUCUUUGACAGUCUGGUGGCUGAUAUGCACUCGACCCAGAUCACGGCCUCCAGCACGUACCACCAGCACCAGCAGCCCCCGAGCGGCGGCGGCGCCGGCCCGGGCGGCAGCAACAGCAGCAGCAGCAGCCUCCACAAGCCCCAGGAGUCGCCGACCCUUCCGGUGUCCACAGCUACCGACAGCAGCUACUACACCAACCAGCAGCACCCUGCGGGCGGCGGCGGCGGCGGCGGCGGCGGGGGGGCCUCGCCCUACGCGCACAUGGGUUCCUACCAGUACCACGCCAGCGGCCUCAGCAAUGUCCCUUACUCCGCCAAGAGCAGCUACGACCUGGGCUACACCGCCGCCUACACCUCCUACGCGCCCUAUGGGACCAGUUCGUCCCCAGCCAACAACGAGCCCGAGAAGGAAGACCUCGAGCCUGAAAUCCGAAUAGUGAACGGGAAGCCAAAGAAAGUCCGGAAACCCCGCACCAUCUAUUCCAGUUUCCAGCUGGCGGCUCUUCAGCGACGUUUCCAAAAGACUCAGUACCUGGCACUGCCCGAGCGAGCAGAGCUGGCGGCGUCUCUGGGCCUCACUCAGACUCAGGUCAAAAUCUGGUUCCAGAACCGCCGAUCUAAGUUCAAGAAGAUGUGGAAAAGCGGUGAAAUCCCCUCGGAGCAGCACCCUGGGGCCAGCGCUUCGCCACCUUGUGCCUCCCCGCCCGUCUCGGCGCCGGCCUCCUGGGACUUCGGCGCGCCGCAGCGGAUGGGGGGCGGCGGAGGCCCGGGCAGCGGAGGCAGUGGCGCGGGCAGCUCCGGCUCCAGCCCUAGCAGCGCGGCCUCGGCCUUUCUGGGAAACUACCCAUGGUACCACCAGGCCUCGGGCUCCACCUCUCACCUGCAGGCCACCGCGCCGCUGCUGCACCCCACGCAGACCCCGCAGCCGCACCACCAUCACCACCACCACCAUCACGGCGGGGGGGGCGCCCCGGUGAGCGCGGGGACGAUUUUCUAACCACCCCCACCCCAAGACCGCGCCAGAGACAGAACAUACAUUGGUGAUCCUCAGUGCUCACCCUCACGGCCACAGCCGGUGGGUCCCUGCGACGACCCCGGGCCGCCACCCAGCCGUGCGGGAGUUGCGGCCUGCGAUGGCGCGCCCAAGCCCCGCUCCCUCGCCCGGCCACCA